CCUAUCUACUUCUUUUGGGCAUUAUUUAUCAAUAACUAAUAGAAUACACAUGUUUACAGGCUCCCAGACAACAAAAUUGGAAACAACGUCACUUUGGUCUUGUGUAAUUUCAAGACAAAAAUCAGGACCAUCCAAUACACACAUCUGGACAACCUCAAAGAACUCAAUAUGCAUCUAGUAAAGGAGUCGUAAUUGUUUCUUCAUUUCUAAACAAUAUAAGAACCAAUCUAUUCGUUUUCUUUGAUAUCUGAAUGUCAUCUACAACCCCCUCAGUCAUGUGGCUUCAGGCUUUGCGUCAGUAUUCAGCCCUUUAUUCAAGACCAUCUGCUCCAGUCCCCUCACACCUUCCAUUAGAUAACUUGAUACGACCUACCACAAAAAAUAGAAGCAACAAUACACCGAACCUGUCUGCUAGUCCCCUUAGUAGCUCGUCAAACAAACCUUUUCCAUCCUUGUCUGAACAGCUUUCUUUGUAUGAAACUGUCGCUCGAGCCCAUCUCUUUGGGCCCCAAGGAUUUCAAAUUCACCCUGAUAGUCUCUCCGUGCUACGUCAAGUUCGAUGGAACCUAAUGAAGCAUAACCCACGGCGUGAAAAAACGAUUCUGAUGAAAAAAAUACUAGAAUUGUUCACAGAGGCAACUCAGUCCUACCUAUACGAUCCUACUCGAUCCACCGCAGCUGAACAGCAGUCGCUAGCACUUGAACAGAUACAGUGCCUCGUAGAAGCCAAGAUCUCUGGGAUUUCGCUGAGUUCACACCACCUACGCCACCCACUUCAAUGCACACCGAUUGCGAAAAUUGAUAAAGACCUGCCAUUGUUGUUGCUACGUGAGGCUGAAGUGGUCCAGAGAGAACAAAAGACUCCGUCGUAUAUCACCCUCGGUGGGAUGGACGGGAGGCAUGCCCACAAAACAAGCAUCACGAGCUUCAAGCUACGCAAUCGAAUGGAAGAAAAGGAUCAUCAGAAUUCGAGAUUGGUGAUAAUGCGAUUGUAUUGUGCAAUAGGGCUCGCGGGGGCAUGUCACCCUGCGGAAGCAUUGCGUAUGUGCCAAAUGGCUGAUGAUAACGAAGGCAGAGGAUUUGCCUUCGUAGCUAAUCGCGUCAGACAACUAUCCAAAGAUGGGGCGGAACGUGCUUGGGAAAUGGCAGAUUCUGUACCAUUGUCUGUGCUGUUUAAGUCUACUCGAACAGCUUUGGCUGAGGAAAUGCAACUUUCCACCUGCGAAGUCGCGAAACACGUCAAAAGCGGGUCAUUAACAAUCAACCAUGGAGACAAUUAUGGUAAUAGUCGCCUAUCACUCGAAGGAAAUGUAUCCCUUGGAAAAGAUAAAGACAUAGACUUGGAUAUUGGUCAACAAAUAAGCUGUGAAGAGGUGGAAAAGAGAUCGAAGCCUCGAUGGCUUGAAGGGCUUCUGGAAGUAGUGCUGCACAAGCAUCGUGAAACAAGAAGAAACAGUGCGAGUAUGAAAAAUUGGCUUCUGUCGUUUAUGAAGCUUUUCGAGGAAGAACUUGAAAAAAGUACUAAAGGUACCGUGAUUUCAUACUACCAUGUGAAUGAAAAUGAAAGCAAGAUUCACUCGAAUAAAACUGAGAACUAUCUAAACCGGUCACCCCUACGCCAUCCUGAGCAUAUUCCACGCUGCAUAGUGGAAACCUAUUUAUCUGUGUGUCCGUCAGCAGCAUGGCGUGAGGCCUAUUUCCUGGUUCUGCACUAUAAUCAGGCAGUUUCGGCGCAAGCCAGAGAGCUUUCGAUAUCUCUUCAUAAUAGCAGGCGUAUCCCAAUUGGGCGUUUAAUGAGACUUCUUAGACUGGUUGGGCGUCCACUUGAAGUGCUUCAGCUAUUUUAUAAUACUGAAAACCUCUUGAUUCAACAGCUACACAACCCUAAGGAGGAGACAGAUAUCAAGGACCUCAAGGGGUUAAUGACUAUAGAUGGAAAAGUGAAUGUGGAAAUAUGUCUCAGUGAGAAGGUACAGGCGCAUUUAACAUUCCCACGAGGAACACAUCUUUCCGAAGAAGAUAAACGCCAGCCUAUUAUUUACAAUCAUGUAAUUAUGGCACUCGGAGAGAUUGGGCUUUGGCCGCAGGCUAUGCGGUUUUACAAAGAGCUCUCACCGAACCUUAAAAACAUCUUCACAGACUGGUCGAUGGCGAAGGGUCUUCUUUUGGUGCGAUCAGAUCGUAUGUCCGUCAAUAGUUCGGAAGAUCCACUUCUUGAUGAGGAGACAUAUCGGGUUGGGGUGAGUUGCGUUCAUCAUGCAUUGGACAUCCCCAAUGCAGCAAAGUAUUCUUGUAUGCUUCCCUCAGUUAUGAAAAACUUAGGUGCUUGGGAUGGUGCAUCUAGACGACGCGGUAUCUCGGUGGCAGCAAGAGAUCGUGUUAAUGUUCUUGAGUCGCUCGCGCUGUGGGCCGCAGUUCUUGGCGACUGGAAAGAAGCUUGCACACUGGCUGAUUAUGCCCCGUCAACCUGUCGUUAUGUUCGCCUCAUAGCCAUCGCGAGUACAUUACGAGAAUUUCAAUUUACUCAAUCAGUUAGUAUCAAAAAAGACCUUUCGGAGGCAUUACACAACCAAUACCUAUCCUUGUGCAACAGUCCAAAUCGCUCUAUCAAGCAAAUCUGUUUGGCCCUUGCCAUGCUUGUCUGUUCAAACAUUACGACAGAAGUCACACAAGAUAAUAAAAUUGUAAACAACAGUGAUCAUGCUUAUCACAUAAUUGAUACUGUAAGUUUGGAAUCUGCUACGAUAAGGAGUUUAAAUGAACAAGUUUGUCAUUCGAAGCCUGUUAUGAAUAAACUCAUUAUGAUCCUUAUGGACUACAUUCGUAGCAUACAAACGCACCAAAUUGAAAAGUCUAAAAAAAGCACAGAUGCCCCGCUGAGAGCUACAUUUUUUGGCAGUGACUUUGACAACGCUAGAUCUUGCACAGGAUCAAUUUCGCUUCUACGAAGCAAUAUACUAAACUCAAUUAUUUCCCUAGUACAGUGUUAUCAUUUCACAGAGGUGGGAAGAAACAGUAUAAAUCUCCAAAAUGAUUUGCUAGUGAAUGUAUUGAGACAAUUGAGCGAGGCGAAUGACUUUUCAAUCGCACAUGUUGCCCCGGCGAUGAUCUCAGCUGGGUGUACCCCAGAAUUCACUCUUCGCCUCUUAACAUGA